GAGAAUAUGACAUAUUUUCUACAUUUAAAAACUCUAUAAAUAUGUUAGUUUUCUCCUGUGAAGGAUUGUCUUAUUUUUAUCCUCCAGUAUAAACGUGUGGACAGAUUCGGGGAGUCGCUGCAGGCGGAACCACAGUGAGGAGCGGCAAAGAGGAGGGAAAUUUAAAAAGUCCGGACCACGGAAGUCAGUUAGCCACAAACAAAUUAUAAAUUAUUUUGUGUGAAACAGCUAGCUAUAUUCAUGUGUGUUUCAUUAAUUGUAUCGCGCCUGAUGUCACAACAUGGAGACCUACAACGAUCAGAUUUCGGAUUCUCCGUCCAAAAACAGCUACAUUGGAAGUUAUUACCAGCCACCAGACAAAAUAAUAACACUUCCAAGAAGGAUUGAGUUCCCUGCAGCCUCAUCCAUCAGUGUGGAACCACAGAUUACCAGCCCUGUGAUAUCACAAACAAAGCCUAAUAUUGACAACAAAGCUGUAGUUGAUGCACUGAAGACCCUUCAGGAGAAAAUUAAGCGCCUGGAGCUGGAAAGAAAGCAAGCACAGAAGAACUAUCAUCAGUUCUCUCAAGAUGCUCAAAAGAAGCAGCAGGUCACAGCCUUGCACACAGUGCAGAACCAACCAGCAGCAGGUCUGCCCCAAACAGAUAACCCAAACCAGAGAGAGUUGGGUUCAAAGCUACAGUCUGCAGAGGCACGAUGCAAGGUUCUUGAGAAGCAGUUGGAUUACAUGAGGAAGAUGGUUGAAAAUGCGAAGAAAGACAAGAAUGCUUUCAUGGAGAAUCAGGCUUCACUGCAGAACCAACAGCCCAGUAGCAGAAACAGCCAGACACAGAGCGAGAAGCUGGAGAAACUUGAAUCAGAGUAUCUCAAGUUGAGUAGAACUCAAACUCUGGCAGAGAUGAAGCUGGCUAUUUUGGAGCAGAAUCUCUUGAAAGAACAACAUGAGCGUAAACUUGUGCAGGAGAAAGCUGAUGAGCUGCAGAAGGAGUUAGAGAUUAAUCUGCAAAUACCAAAGGAAGAUGCAAAGCCAAAAAAGAAAACAAAAAAGCACUCCAAGAAAACCUCUAAAAAGAAUGAGCCGAAGUCACCAAGCAGCAUAAGGCACAAAAAGAUGCCAUUUGUUGCAGGAACAUCGACAAGCCCAAGCCAUUCAGUCCAUGCAAACGUACAAAGCAUUCUUCACAUGAUGAAGCACCACCAGCCCCAGCUCUGUGAACGAGUCAGUGCUCUGCACAGGUCUGGCUGUACAGCAAAGAAGAGUCUUCAGAAGGAUUUUUGUCCAUCUUCCAUUGCUUUUCAAAAGCCUCACAGUGAGGAAGAGGAGGAGCAGUCAGUGGGCUCACUGUCUGACCUGCUCUUAGCUCUACAGGACGAGCUUGGACAGAUGAGCUUUGAGCAUCAGGAGUUGGUACGUCAGAUUGAUGAGACUGAUGAUCGGGGGCAGAGGCAAGACCUACAAAAUGAACUUGAACGAGUGGUCAUGAGGAUGGAGGAGAAGGGAGCUCAGAUCACCAAGCUUCGUAAACAUCAGCAAAUGGUCCAUAAACUGACUCAUCAGAAACCCAGUAGUGAUGAACCUAAGAGGCUGACUGGGAUCAUACCCCCACUUCCUUCUCCUGUAAAACCGAAGCAGAAGGUAAAAAAAGGGGGGGGCACUCACAGUAACCUCCAGCUUCUCCGUGAGACACAGAAGUUCCGCAACAGCCUUAAACAGUCCGACCUCUCCUGGGAAACAUGAUUUUCUCUGGAAGACCACUCUGUGUGCAGGGUUUGAUCCUACAGCUGAGUAAACCACAAAACUCCCUUCUGUGCCUGUUUUCACCUUUUCCACAAUUAAAGACCUUUGUUCCAUUUUUAGCCAACAAAAAACAAAAACACAAUUAGGUGUAUUUUUUUUUAUUCAUGCAAUACUUAAUAUUUGUCAUAGGUUGAAGAUAGACUUUAAGAAAAAACAUCCUAACCUGGCCAAAAAAUGGUGUUUUUAGGUGAAUGUCUGUGUAUAUCUCGUCUCAGAUUAAGCUGUAUUUUUAAUAUUUAAAUAAAGCUGAUUAUUGCUCUACAUAUUGUGUGUUUAUAUUCAUAUAUUUUGGAUCACAUUGUAAUGCUUCUUAUGUUCUGCAUAUGUCUCAAAUCAAAUCCUCCAACAUUUGCAAAACAGUAAGCGUGUUUCUUGAAACAACUUGUACCAAGAAAACCAUGCAUUGGAUUAACUACAGAAGCCCACACGACACAUAUGUUCACAAACAAGGACAAAUAGUGUGUGCUUUUAAGAAUUUUGUAAGGUUGGAUGAUUGAAAAUGGACAAUGCUGCAAAUUUUCCACAGGGCAGUUACACAUUACUGUUUGUGGGAGGAUAAUUUUAAGAGAGUAGAUAUGUUUCACAUUUACACCUUUACUGUUUUUACUGCAAUGUGUUGUCAUUCUGAUGCAGACUGUUUUAUUGCACAAAGAAAAAAAUAUA